UGAAUGAAGCCUAUACAAGAAAGCAUCACAUAACAAAAAAAACAUUAGAAAAACAAAAAGAAAGUACAGGUUUCUGGUUUUAAUAUUGCUGCACGAACAUAGAACCUCUUGAAAACACAUAGUCAGAGAAACAAGCUGCGGUCGUUUCGUUUAGGUCAAGGGGUCGUUUUAGGCUCUCUUACUCUCCUUUCUCUUUGGAACAAAGGAGAAAAUGGGUCAAGCAGAGGAGAAAGAGACUGGGAAGAAGACGGUGAAGAGUUUGAGAAGCGUAAGAUCGAUAUUCAUGCACGCUGACUGUGUAGAUUGGUUGCUGAUGGGAUUAGGGUUUAUAGGAGCCGUCGGUGAUGGCUUCACAACGCCUCUUGUUCUUCUGAUCACCAGCAAGCUUAUGAACAAUCUUGGUGGUUCCUAUUUAAACACAGAAACCUUCAUGCAAAACAUCUCCAAGAACUCUGUAGUUUUGCUUUAUGUAGCUUGUGGAUCUUGGGUGGUCUGUUUCCUUGAAGGAUAUUGUUGGACAAGAACAGGGGAGAGGCAAACAGCAAGACUGAGAGAAAAGUAUUUAAGAGCAGUAUUAAGACAGGAUGUGGGGUACUUUGAUCUUCAUGCCACAAGCACUUCUGAUGUUAUCACAAGUGUCUCUAGUGACAGCUUCCUCAUCCAAGACGUGCUUAGUGAAAAGUUACCGAAUUUUUUGGUGAGCGCAUCAACGUUCAUGGGAAGCUACAUAGUCGGCUUUAUUUUGUUAUGGAAACUCGCCUUAGUUGGCUUACCAUUCGUUGUCCUAUUAGUGAUCCCGGGACUUAUGUACGGCCAAGCCCUCAUAAGUAUUUCAACGAAGAUACGUGAAGAGUACAAUGAAGCUGGCUUUGUAGCUGAGCAGGCCAUCUCUUCUGUGCGAACUGUCUAUGCGUUUUCAGGGGAGAGGAAGACGAUAUCAAAGUUUUCAACUGCACUUCAAGGCUCGGUGAAGCUAGGGAUUAGACAAGGGCUUGCUAAAGGAAUCACCAUUGGAAGCAAUGGAAUCACUUUCGCAAUGUGGGGGUUUAUGUCUUGGUAUGGAAGCCGGAUGGUCAUGUACCAUGGUGCUCAAGGUGGUACGGUGUUUGCAGUUGCCGCCGCUGUUGCCAUCGGUGGCGUAUCACUUGGUGGUGGUUUGUCUAAUCUAAAGUACUUCUUUGAAGCGGCUUCAGUUGGGGAGCGAAUCAUAGAAGUGAUAAACAAAGUUCCCAAGAUUGAUUCAGAAAAUUCGGAAGGGCAAAAGCUGGAGAACAUUAAAGGAGAAGUUGAGUUUAAGCAUGUAAAGUUUGUGUAUCCAUCGAGACCUGAAACAUCAAUCUUUGACGAUUUUUGUCUAAGAGUUCCGUCUGGGAAAACUGUGGCUUUGGUUGGAGGAAGCGGGUCGGGAAAAUCAACUGUGAUAUCUCUUUUGCAGAGGUUUUAUAACCCGGUGGCCGGAGAGAUUCUUAUAGAUGGUGUAUCCAUUGAUAAGUUGCAAGUGAAGUGGUUAAGGUCGCAAAUGGGUUUAGUUAGCCAAGAGCCUGCACUUUUUGCCACGUCCAUAAAGGAGAACAUAUUGUUUGGUAAGGAAGAUGCAUCCCUUGAUGAUGUUGUGGAAGCUGCUAAGGCCUCUAAUGCUCAUAAUUUCAUUUCUGAGUUACCUAAUGGCUAUGAAACUCAGGUUGGGGAGAGAGGAGUGCAAAUGUCAGGAGGACAAAAGCAGAGGAUUGCAAUUGCACGUGCAAUAAUCAAAUCACCAACAAUUCUCCUUCUAGAUGAGGCAACAAGCGCAUUGGACUCUGAAUCCGAAAGAGUAGUCCAAGAUGCCUUAGAGAAUGCAUCAAUUGGUCGUACAACUAUCCUUAUUGCCCACCGUCUCUCCACCAUUCGUAAUGCUGACAUUAUCUCUGUGAUCCAAAACGGCCAUGGUGUUGAGACUGGAUCGCACGAUGAGCUAAUGGAGAACUUAGAUGGUCAAUAUGCUUCACUAGUCCGUUUACAACAGAUUGAAAAAAAUGACUCAGAUGUCAACAUGAGUGUCAAUGUGCUAAUUAUGGGUACAGUCUCGGAUCCUAGCAAAGAUUUGAGAAGUAGAUCAAGAGUCUCGACUCUUAGCCGGUCAAGCUCUGCUAACUCCAUUACAGGUUCAAGUAUUGUGAAGAAUCUGUCUGAAGAUGAUAAGCCGCCUUUACCAUCGUUUAAGAGACUCUUUGCUAUGAAUUUACCGGAAUGGAAACAGGCGUUAUAUGGUUGCAUAAGUGCAACCUUGUUUGGUGCCAUACAGCCGGCGUACGCAUAUUCUUUGGGGUCAAUGGUAUCAGUUUAUUUCUUGAAGAGCCACGACGAGAUCAAGGAGAAAACGAUGCUCUAUGCAUUAUCUUUUGUGGGCUUAGCCGUGCUUUCUUUACUGAUCAAUAUCAGCCAACAUUACAAUUUUGCAUGCAUGGGCGAAUAUUUGACUAAGCGUAUCCGAGAACGUAUGCUCUCUAAGGUGUUAACCUUUGAAAUCGGUUGGUUCGAUCGUGAUGAGAACUCAAGCGGUGCCAUUUGCACUAGGCUCGUAAAAGAUGCUAAUGUGGUGAGAUCGUUGGUAGGUGAUCGUAUGGCGUUAUUAAUACAAACAAUAUCAGCUGUAACCAUUGCAUGCACGAUGGGUUUGGUCAUUGCUUGGAGGUUAGCCCUAGUGAUGAUCGCGGUGCAACCGGUGAUUAUUGUUUGCUUCUACACUCGACUUGUUCUACUCAAGAACAUGUCGAAAAAAGCAAUCAAGGCUCAGGACGAGAGUAGUAAACUAGCUGCGGAGGCUGUUUCAAACGUCCGAACCAUCACAGCCUUUUCAUCACAAGAACGUAUCAUGAAAAUGUUAGAAAAGGCCCAACAAAACCCGCGGCGAGAAAGCAUACGUCAGUCGUGGUUCGCGGGGAUUGGGCUAGCCAUGUCGCAAAGCCUCACGUCAUGCAUGUGGGCUCUGGACUUUUGGUACGGUGGUAGAUUGAUAGAAGGUGGGUACAUCACGGCUAAAGCUUUGUUCGAAACGUUUAUGAUCUUGGUUAGUACCGGGCGGGUUAUUGCCGAUGCUGGAAGCAUGACAACUGAUCUAGCAAAAGGUUCGGACGCGGUCGGGUCGGUUUUCGCUGUGUUGGACCGGUACACAUCCAUUGAUCCAGAAGAUCCAGAUGGAUAUGAACCGGAAAGAAUAACAGGUCGGGUCGAGUUUCUCAACGUGGGCUUCUCUUAUCCAACUAGACGGGAUGUAACGAUAUUCAGCGACUUCUCUAUUAAUAUCGACGCAGCAAAGUCGACUGCGAUAGUUGGUCCAAGCGGAUCGGGUAAGUCCACGGUAAUCGGGUUGAUCGAACGGUUUUACGACCCGGUUAACGGGGUUGUGAGAAUCGACGGCCGAGAUUUAAGAACGUACAAUCUGAGAUCGCUACGUCAGCACAUAGCUUUGGUUAGCCAAGAGCCAACGUUGUUCGCGGGAACGAUAAGAGAGAACAUUAUAUACGGAAGAGCGUCGGAUAAGAUCGACGAAGCAGAGAUCAUCGAGGCGGCACGAGCAGCGAACGCUCACGAUUUCAUCACAGCGUUAUCGGACGGCUACGACACAUACUGUGGAAACAGAGGAUUACAGUUAUCCGGUGGUCAGAAACAGAGGAUCGCGAUUGCUAGAGCGAUGUUGAAGAACCCGUCAGUGUUGCUCCUUGAUGAAGCCACGAGUGCUUUGGAUAGCCAGUCGGAGCGUGUUGUACAAGACGCGCUCGAGCGCGUGAUGGUUGGGAGGACGAGCGUUGUUAUUGCACAUAGGUUGAGUACUAUCCACAACUGUGACGCAAUAGCUGUUCUAGAGAAAGGGAAACUCGUGGAACAUGGGACCCAUUCAUCCUUGCUGGCAAAAGGGUCCACAGGUGUUUACUUCUCAUUGGUUAGUCUCCAGAGAACUUCUUGUUGAUAAAAAGCUGUAGAAAAAAAAUUCAAACAUUGAAACAAAUGUGUUUAAAUUUGGCUUGUAUGAUAACAACAUAAGAGUAACUCCAAUGGGAGCUCUUAACUUUUUUUUUUUUUUUGUCGACAAUAAGAUUUCAUUAAUAUUGCCCAAAUGGGCUUACAUGGUAUCAGUCAAGAGACCCAGUCAUGUUUAACAAUAUAAACAAAGCAAAAAGAAAGCCCAAUGACAAUUUGUCUUAUCCCUUGAACACCCGGCCGAAACAGAAGCUUCACGAGAACAAUGUUGUGUGAUACGUGUCGUUCAUACGUAAAGCGAUGAGUUCAACCUCCGAGAAUCCUUUCCGCCGCUGCUAUCUCCAAAAAUCGUCUCUCUAGGCCAUCUUUUUGCCGCCGUCCGUCGCAAUAUCUCAAUUCCGAUACCAAACUUGUAAGCCUUUCCACCUAAAGCCGCGAACACUUAGAGGAAAUAAACCUUGAUUCACCGAAAUUUAAGCCCAAA